AUGGACAAUAUUACUUCUUUGGUUCAAUAUGGAGGCAAUUGGAAUGAAAACAACGAGUACCAAGGAUACACAAUGUCUGGGAUAUUAAUACCACCAAAUUGUUCUCUUGACAACUUGGUGAAUUUGAUAAAAAAGGAGAUAAAGGAAAAUACAGCAACUAUUGAAGUUUCUUAUCAAGUAGAAAAAGGAACACCACCAAUGAAGGUUGUAACAGACAAUUCAGUGUUUUUCUUCCUGGAAAUAAAGAAAAAAGUUGCUACUAAAAUAACAUACUUACCAUUGUGUGUCACUAUAAUUCAAGAAUCAAACAAUGAAAAUGGCCUUCUUCUACUAGCAAAUCAAAAAGCUACAACAGAAGAAAUGGAGGUGGGGACAUUAUUAAUGCAAGCAAAUCAAGCUUCCAUCAAUGAACAAAUGUUACUUGAAGAAGGAAUGUCAAGCACAAUAAAUGAGGGCAUAAAUGUGUCAUACAUACCCCAUUUUGUUGAAGAAGUAGCUGAUUUCAUAAUUGAGGACAAUACAAAAAGAAAAAAGAAGUUGGAUGAAAUCCAACUUGUAAUAUCUGAUUACAGAGUGAACACAAUAGAGCAAGGACAAAUUUACAAGGAUAAGAACACAGUCAAAUCAGCCCUUAGCUACUAUGCAAUGCUGCAUAACUUCCAGUUCAAAACAAAAAUAUCAGAACCUAGAGAGUACCUAGUUACUUGCGCAGAUGAAAAAUGCUACUGGUUGGUGAGAGCAUCUAAGUACAGAAAUCAAGAUUUAUUCAAGGUACGGAAAUGCAAUCCAAAUCACACUUGCUCUGUUGAAAUUGUUUUGGAAGACCAUAGGCAAGCAAAAAGCAUCGUAGUUGGGGAAUUAAUAAAGAAUAAGUACAAGUCAAUCAAAAGAAAUUACACUCCAAAUGACAUCAUGAAUGAUAUGAAUGAUGACUUUGGAGUAACUAUGGGAUACACAAAAGCAUGGAGAUCAAGAGAGAAAGCUUUGCGUCUAGUAAGAGGGAACCCCGAUGAUUCAUAUCAGAAGUUACCAAUAUAUCUUUACAUGUUGAAGAAAGCAAAUCCAGGAACAAUAACACACCUACUCACAGACAAGGAAGAUAGAUUCAAAUACCUAUACAUAGCUUUCUCUAACUCAAUCAAGGGUUGGAGAUACUUGAGGCCUAUAAUUGUUGUUGAUGGAACUUUUUUGAAAAAUGCACAUGGUGGUACCCUGUUUUCAGCAUCAACGUUAGAUUCAAACAACAACAUUUUCGUGUUGGCUUUUGGAAUAUCAGACUCCGAAAAUGAUAACUCAUGGCUAUGGUUCUUCUCCAAACUGCGAGAAACCUAUGGAGAACCCGAAGGAUUGGCUAUAGUUUCUGACAGACAUAAGAGCAUAGACAAUGCAGUACAUAUGGUGUACCCAAAUGCUUUCCAUGGAGCUUGCAUGUUUCACUUACUCAAUAAUUUGAAAGGCAAGUAUGGGAGCCAUGGAGAAGAACUACAAAUGAAAUUCAUUGCAGCAGCAAAAGCAUACACACAGACAGAAUGUGAAAACUACAUGAAAGGCCUUGAUAGAAUUGAUAGACGCAUUAGGCCCUAUUUAGAAAAAGCCAAGUAUGAAACUUGGGCAAGAUCAUACUCGCCAACAAAAAGAUACACCAUGAUGACAUCCAACAUCGCAGAAUCACUCAACGCUGCACUAAAAGCUGCAAGAAAUCUCCCCAUUGAUAUCUUGGUUGAAUGCCUUAGAAGUUUGGUUCAAAAGUGGGUUUGGAACAACUCAAAUAAUGCAAAUGGAACAUUCACAAAAGUCUCUACAGCAACAGAAAAUGAAUUGAGACAUGACAUUGUUUCAAAAAUGAAGUAUGAGGUCUUGCCUUUCAACACAAUAGAAUACCAAGUUCGUGAUCAAAAGGGGAUAAAUUUCACAGUAAAUAUACAUAAUAGAACAUGCACUUGCAAUAGGUUCCAAGAAGAUGAAAUACCUUGUGGCCAUGCAGUAGCUGUCAUUGCAAAAAGAAACUUGAGUGUCUAUGAUUAUUGUGCAAAAUUCUACAGAACAGAAACGUUGAAAGCAUUGUAUCAAGAAAAUGUUCAUCCUUUGCCCCAUAAAGAUGAAUGGAAUCUCCCACAACACUUGGACAUACUAGUGCUGCCUCCAAAUUCAACAAUCCCUGCAGGAAGACCAAGAAAGAAACGAAUAAGAUCAAGAGGGGAAAAUAAGGUAAUAAUCACCUGUGGGAAAUGUGCACAACCAGGACAUAACAGGAAGACUUGCAGGAAUCCUCCAUUUCAGAAGCCAAAUAAACAGAAAAAGCCAAAGACAUAG